AUGGCAGAAGAUCUGGGAAAGAAGCUUUUGGCGGAGGUUGAGGCGAUUGGUUUAGACGAGAUCCUCCAGACGUUGAGGCUUCGUAAUGCAGAACGGGAAGAGCACUUUCGCCUACCGCCGCUUGACCUUCUAAUCCAAGCAGUGGCUAAAGCGAAGCCAGCAAAUGCCCGAGAAAGGCCACCGCAACCACCAAUCGUCGAGCUUACGUCAACUGGACUAGGCGGCGGCAUAACGCACCUUCUCUACCACCUUACCGCCCUCGCUGUCCUCCCCAUAAUAAACGGCGGCAAAGAGUGCUGCGUAGUUGUUACAGACACUGCACGCUCCUUCUCAACUUCGGGAUUGGCACAGCAGAUCCAGUCUAUCUUGAAAGCUCACGCAACUUCCAGCACCACAGCAGUCUCGGCCGAAGACGUUCUUCCGACAGCGCUCAAGCAUGUCCAUAUAUUCAAUCCGCAGUCCCUCGCCUCCACCAUCGCCACCGUUGACAGCCUUGCCGGCUACCUUUUCGACCCAACCCAACACUACUCUUUCGAGCGGGCUGUAGCCUUCAUAGCACUGGAUUCUGCCUCAGCAUUUUACUGGCAGACUAAAGCCGAGGAAGAAGCGGCCAGGCUCUUGACCUCAACAGCCGACGCACCGUCACGCAAACCCUCAAGCAAGCCAGCAACCUAUGCCAAUCUCUCGACUGCCCUCCGCAAUGCCUCUUGCACCUUAUCCUGCCCGAUCAUUCUUAUGACACAACACCUCAGCGCUGUGCCACAGACGCCUGAUCAGCCUACUUCUCUCCGCCCAACCGUUCCGGCACCGCUCUCGCAGUUGCCGGACGUAAGCUUGAUAUGCUAUCGAAUUCCGAUCCGCAAAUUCCCAGCCGGAAUCGGCUACGAGCAAGCUCUGCGCGAAGCGAAGGAGCGGCAACAAGCGGUUGAUGAGGGACGGUUCUGGUGUGCAGUGGACGAGUGGGGCCUAAAUGAAGGCAUUGUGCAGAAGCUUAGAGACGGAGGGGAGACUGGGUUCGGAUAUCGUAUCACGGGAGGAGGGUUGGUUUUGGAGGAGUGA